AUGGUCGCCGGAAAGUACGGCGAAGCGUUGGAGUUUGAUGGCAAGGAUGACUUUGUUGAAGUACCACUCGAAGAUUCGAUUACCUUUUCCACUGGUGAUUCAUUAACAGUCCAAGUGUGGGUAAAAACAGAUGAUGAGCCGCCAAAUAAUGAUGGGAUUGUCGGGAACUAUCGUCCGGGCACUGAUGCGGUUUGGAUACUCUCCGUCAGCGGCGAUGACGCAGCGGCUCGUGGCAAGAUGGGUUUCAGUGUCCGGGAUAAGGGGCGUGCGAAUAGUGCUGGGAUAAGGUCUGUGGAUUUCCUAAACGAUGACGAAUGGCAUGUCCUCGCUGGUGUCCGAGACCAGAAAGCAAAAAAGAUCCGAUUCUACGUGGACGGUGAGUUGAUUGGUGAAGCCGAUGAUAAAACACAGGACAUCGACAGCGGGCAGUCGAUUUGGGUCGGAGAGCAUCUGAAUCGAUUUUACAAAGGAUUGAUUGAUGAAGUGAAGGUGUGGAAUCGUCCGUUGACCGCCGAGGAACUUAAACAGUCGCAACUGCAACCCUCUCCAGUUGAUGCCUCCGGAAAGUUGACGACCACAUGGGGAGUGAUCAAAACAGGAUACCGAUAA